AGCAAACUUCUCUCCAGGAACAACUGACCAGUUAGAAGUGGCACUUGCUGUGAUUGUCGUGGUGGAUAUUUUUGAGAGUACGGACUGGUAAUCUGGAUCCACAAUGCAAAGUUGGUUGUUGGUAGUUCUGAUCACCCUGGGCAAUGCAGAGCAGCUGAGAGAAGAGACAUGUUUGUGCGGACAUCCUGGAAUACCUGGUCAUAAUGGAACGCCUGGAAGGGAUGGGCGGGAUGGCUCAAAGGGUGACAAGGGAGACACAGGUGAAUUUGGGAAAUGUGGACAAUCUGGGCCUAAUGGAGCAAAAGGACAACCUGGAGAAACAGGACCUCCUGGAGCACUCGGGCAGAAAGGACGAAGAGGGGAACAUGGAGGCAAAGGAAUACCUGGCAAACUUGGUCCAAAAGGAAUUCAUGUUGUUGGACACAAGGGCCAAAAAGGAGAAAUAGGACUACAAGGACAGCAGGGUUUAAAGGGAGAUAUAGGACCUCAAGGCAUAAAAGGGGAAAAGGGUACCUUUGGACCUCAAGGUAGCAUUGGUUUACCAGGUUCUGUGGGACCCAUUGGCAAUCUAGGCCCCAAGGGAGACACAGGUGAUCAAGGACCAAUUGGUAGUCCUGGCAUUCAGGGCCAAAAAGGAGACAAAGGAGAAAUUGGGGAAAAGGGGAAUACUGGUGACACUCAUGUGCUGAGGCACAGUGCCUUCAGUGUUGGUUUAACAGAAAAUUUCAAGCUGCCUCGCUCAGGGACCCCGAUCAAGUUUACCAAGAUUUUUUACAACAACCAGAAUCACUAUAACACCUCUACGGGAAAGUUUACCUGUGAAUAUUCUGGGGUCUAUUACUUUGUCUAUCAUAUCACGGUCUACGUCAAACAUGUGAGAGUCUGCCUGUAUAAAAAUGGUAUGAGGAUGCUUCAUACAUUUGACAGCUAUCAGAAUAGUGAGGAUCAGGCCUCGGGAGGAGCACUGCUUCAGUUACAAGAUGGAGAUAAAGUGUGGCUUCAAGCGAUUGAUGGGGAGUUCUUUAAUGGGCUGUUUGCAGACACCAAUGAUGAUACAGUUUUUACCGGGUUUUUAUUAUUUACUGAAUAGAGCCAGACAGGUUUGCUGUGAUCGAGAAAAAGGAUCUUCCCAUUUUAUACACAAAUAAUCUCUUCAUCCUCUUCAAAUGUUUGCCAGAUUUGCCUGUGUGCUUGGUUGACCUACAUAGAACUGCUAAA